AUGAAGUCGCUUUUGUUGGCUGCCUCCGGCCUUGCCUUUGCUGCUACCGCCGCUGCUGACAUUGUCACUUACACUUCCACCCUUGUUUCUUCCACAUGUUUGCUGCUGCAACCGUAUUAUGGGAACUCCACAUCCACUGAAGGUGACACCAUCAUUUAUGAGACCGAAGAGGUCACUGCCCAAGACACAAUCACUUUCGUCAAAACCGUGUGUAAUGCCGGUGCUUGUUAUGUAACCACUGAGUUGGAUUCUUUGACCACCGUCGUCACCACUGUGGACGGUGUGUUGACCACAUACGUCACGGCCGUUCCUAUUGCCGAAAAUUCGGUUGUUACCGAGACCCACAUCGAGUCUACGGUCGUCACCAUCACUUCUUGCUCCAACAACAAGUGUCACGCUACUGCCGUCACCACUGGUCUUACGACUGUCACUGAUGUUGUGGAAGGUGUUACUACUGUCUACACUACUUACUGCCCAUUAUCGACUGAGGCUGAGGACACAACCACUGUUCAGAAGACCACCGUCAUCACUGUCACUUCUUGUGAUGAGAAUAAGUGCUCUGGUGUCCCAGUUACCACUGGUGUCACUGAAAUCACUACGACCAUUGCUGGUGAGGAGACCAUUUACACUACUUUCUGUCCUUUGACCUCUACUACUGAGGCCGCCACCCCUGCUGAGACUACCGUCAAGACCAAGCCUACUGUCGAAGUUGAGACCACUGUCAAGACUAAGUCUGCCGCUGAGACUACUUCGUCUACUACAACCGUCGAAGUUGAGACCACUUUCAAGACUAAGCCUACUUCCGAGGCUAAGCCUGUAACCACAGUCCAGAAAUCCGAUGUUGAGACCACCGUCAACGUGAUCACCAACAACAUCGUCACUCAGUCCAACACUGUUGCUGCCGAAUCCACCGCUCAGUCUACUCCUUCUGCUAUUGUCACCUCCUACGAGGGUAGUGCCAACCGCAUGUUGCCAGCUUUGCUCGGUGCUGUUCCAGCUUUCUUUAUGCUUCUCUAA